CCGCAGAUCGGCCGUUUUUCCAUCCUGAAACCGCCGCACGCUUUUUACGAACCUUAGAAAAAGUUUACACCUGUAAAACAUCUCUCAACCGCUAUUCGUUGCAUUAUGUUGCGACUUAGAUCCCGCACAGUCAGACCCUUAGCGGAAAACCUCAUCCACAUUAGAUCGCUCCAGACGGUCCACAAGGAAAUCGUCUUCGCUAGCAGCGCGCGCCAGUUGCUUCUUGCUGGCGCAUCGGUGCUUACAAAGGCAGUGGCGUGCACCUUGGGGCCCAAGGGGCGCAACGUGCUUAUUGAGCGGCGAUACGGGUUCCCAGUGAUCACCAAAGAUGGUGUCUCCGUAGCCAAGGAGGUGGUUCUCGGCAACCGAUUUGAAAAUAUGGGCGCUGUGCUCCUCAAGGACGUGGCUAACAAGGCAAAUAUGGUGAGUGGCGAUGGAACCACAACUGCGACAGUGCUCGCGUACGGAAUAUUGAAGGAGAGUAUCAAGCAUGUGUCAUCUGGUGCGAACCCCGGUGAAUUACGUCGCGGUGUUCAGCGCGCCACGAGCCACGUGGUGGAGUUUCUCCAGAUGCGGGCGCGGAAGGUCCAAACGAUCCAAGAAAUCCGCGAUGUGGCGACAAUUUCGGCCAACGGUGACAAGCAUCUCGGCUCCUUGAUUGCCCAAGCCCUUGAAAAAGUCGGGAAAGACGGCUUAGUGACGAUUGAGAAGGGCAAGUUGGUCGAAGACAGUUUGCAUCUUUCGUCUGGCUACGAGUUCAACCGCGGCUUCAUGCCACAGUUUGUGAAACCGGACAAAAAAUCCGGAAAGAUCACAUUGUCCAACGCCGUGGUGGUGUUUGCGGACUGUGAGUUGUCCAAUGCGCAGGAUAUCUUGCCAUCGCUAGCCUACGCAAAGAGACAAUCACGCCCGUUGUUGGUAAUUGCGAACCUGUUGGAGGGCGAUGCGCUCGCAGCCUGUGUCAUGAACCGCCUCAAAGGCGAGGUAGAUGUCAUUGCGGUAAAGUCACCGGGUUUCGGCGACCACCGUGCCGAAUCGUUGCGUGAUUUGACCACCAUUUUGGGCGGUGAGGUCUUUUCCAUAGAGCUGGACGUCAAGCCGAGUAGUGCUACCAAGAAAUUCUACGGCACCGCCGCAUCCGUAAGUGUCUCAGCGGACAACACCAUCAUCACCCAUGGCGCAUCUGGUGUUCGCGAAACCGAUAAACUUAGCGAAAAUGUUGCCGCACGUGUGCAGCAUCUUCGCGAAAAGUUGCAAGACGUCACGUUAGGUGAGCACGACAGAAAGCAGUAUCAGCAGCGUUUAGCCAAGCUCACAACCGGGAUCGCAGUCAUCAAGGUUGGUGGGACCUCUCAAUUAGAGGUUGGGGAGAAAAAAGACCGUUUGGAUGAUGCGUUGAACGCGACCCAGUCCGCUAUCGAGCAUGGGAUCUUACCCGGCGGGGGUGUAGCCCUUGUCAAAGCCCUGGUGCAUUUGGAAUCGCUUUUAGAAUCCCGAGAGCUCACGUUUAAUGAGAAGGCUGGUGUAAGCAUUGUCCAGACCGCGAUCCAGCUCCCUGCGCGUUACAUCUUGGCCAACGCCGCUUUGGAUGCCGAGUACAUUGUCUCUAAGGUAAGAGAGAGCGAUGACUGGGCCUACGGCUUCAAUGUCGCAGACGAGCAGUAUGGAGAUAUGUUUGCCAUGGGUGUUGUGGAUUCUCUCAAGAGUGUCAAAUGCGGAUUGACCGAGGCCGCCGGUGUUGCCAGUUUGAUCAGCACUAGUGAGGUUGUCAUUGGGGACGUUCAGGAGAACAAGCGGGGCGUCACCAGAACCGAUUAGGAUAGAUAAUAGAUUGUAUAUAGUAACGGGUGUAGAUAUACACGUAAAAUUGAGAACGAG